CCAGCACGACCAUCUCUUCCAUGAACAGUAGUUACCGACAUGGAAACAUUAAAAAACGAACCUUUGUCCGCGUAGAAGCUUCAAAACAUCAACGAGUCGCUGCCUUUGCCAUGCCCGGUGCCACCACCUCUCUGCACAUCGCUGCAAUAAAAAAUUUCGGAUAAAAAGCCGCGCAUUCAAGUCUUCGAUUCCCAGAUCUCGCUCCAUCUCUCUCUCUCUCUCUCUCCCCCUACCGGAAUCGAGCUUGGCAUUCUCGCGAAUUGACUGCAAUGGCGAAACAGAGGACCUCGCGAUUCCCGGCUCGCAAGUCGUCGGCGUCGGCGUCGUCCUCGACCCUGAUCCUCACGCUGCUCGUCAUGUUCUCCUUCGUCGUGCUGAUCCUCCUCGCCCUCGGGAUCCUCUCGAUGCCCGGCUCCUCCUCCUCCUCCCUCGGCGGCAGGCCGAAAGCGAACGAUCUGGCCUCGAUCGUGAGGAACACCGUCGACAGGAGUAAGGAGGACGAAGGGCGAGGGGAGCAGUGGGUGGAGGUCAUAUCGUGGGAGCCUCGAGCUUUUGUAUAUCACAACUUUUUGUCUAAGGAAGAAUGUGAAUACCUCAUUGAACUUGCAACGCCUCAUAUGGAGAAGUCAACUGUGGUAGAUAGUGAAACUGGCAAGAGUAGAGAUAGCAGGGUACGUACGAGUUCCGGAACAUUUCUGGCGAGAGGACGCGAUAAAAUAAUUAGAGACAUCGAGAAAAGAAUUGCAGAUUACACCUUCAUACCUGUAGAGAAUGGAGAAGGACUUCAAGUUCUGCACUAUGAAGUUGGUCAGAAGUAUGAGCCACACUUCGAUUACUUCCUUGAUGAAUAUAAUACCAAGAAUGGUGGUCAGCGCAUGGCCACACUUCUUAUGUACCUUUCAGAUGUUGAGGAAGGAGGUGAGACAGUCUUUCCUGCUGCCAAAGGGAAUUUUAGUUCUGUUCCUUGGUGGAAUGAGCUAUCUGAUUGUGGGAAGAAGGGUUUAUCCGUUAAACCAAAGAUGGGGGAUGCCUUGCUCUUCUGGAGCAUGAGACCUGAUGCCACAUUGGAUGAAUCUAGUUUGCACGGUGGUUGCCCUGUGAUUAAGGGUAAUAAGUGGUCAUCUACCAAAUGGAUGCGUGUCCACGAGUACAAAGUCUGAAUUAUUAUACGGAAGAUCCACUUAUAGUCCUCUGCGAGCAGACAAUCCUUCCAUGUUGUAGAUCUUGGUUCAUUGCUUUUGUGCUGACUGCUGAGUAAAUUUCUUGUUGUAACUUCAGAUAGAGCUGUAGAAAAGACACAACAGGAAGAUAAGUUACAUUUCCUUUUUCUUGUUAAAUUAAAAUUUUCCCUUUGGAAGGAACUGUAGUGCUUGAGAUGCUGACGAGAACGAUCGAGAUGCCAAAUUCGAGGUUGUAUUCUUUCUUCUUUUGUAUCCAUGAGCACCUGUGUCAACUUUACUCA